UCUUGGCGAGAAACGUAUCAGCUGGAAGAUGAAGAGAAGGCUUUCGCCAUGGCGCUUGAGCUUUCCCGCAAAGAGCAUGAACAAAGACAGUCCACAAGUAGCAAACAACAGCAUCAGUCGGUAAUACCAAUAUUUCAUGCUGAAAUAGUUUCUAAUAAUCACUUCCGCGAAGGAUUCUUAAAUAAGCAAUCUUAGUAUUGAAGGGCAAAUUUGGCGUUGCUGAUUCUUUUACUAUAGUUCACCCCCAUAUUUGUAGACAGUUUUCCAAAGUCUUCUGUGAAAACUUUGGCUCAAAAACACCAACACAAAAUGAUCUCAUCCGCUUGCCUGUUUAACGGUUAGGUAAUCAAUUGCCAUUUCUAAUCCUUUGUGUUACAGCAAAGAAAAGCAUGAUUUCCAUACGCUCAUUUGAGUCGUAUGAAAUCAGUAUUUGUCAUUGCAACACCUUCCUUAACUCGAGUGGAGUUCCAAAAAAGUACAGUUUUUAACCAUAAAAUGCGAUGUCAAUAAUAAUGUAUAAAAAUUAUGUUACUCUUUAAAGGAAGAAUUGCCAGUAAGACAUGGUCAGAACUACGAGGAAGACGUUGCUUUAUCACGAGCACUAGAGCAAUCAGCUCUAGACUCAUCAUAUGUGGCUUCCAACAGAUCUGCCGGAUUGGAGGCCAAGGGUCAAGUUAGACACAUUUCUCUUGGCGGUAUGUUAUUAGUUUUAAAACCAAAUAGAUUUCUUCCCCCCGUUCUCUGCUAUUACUUAAAAUGUCCGCUUUCUAUCCGAUAGGUGAUGUUUUGUCAAAAACAGGAAAGCGACUGGCAAUACCGCUUUGCCUUCCGAACAAUUGUAGAUGGGAUUCGAAGAAGAGCCAGUACCUUCAAACAGGGGAGAAACGUCACUCGCUGUAUGUUGUGGAAGAAGCCCUUGAAAAGUUGAGGAAGAUUAAAGGUACGCUUUUCACUAAAGUGCUGUAAUUGUGCGAUCGACCUGUUAAGAGUAAAAUAAAAAAGUUAGGUUUUCAAAAAAUCAUGGUAAAAUGAUAGAACUCAACAGAAUUGGCCUAUGGCACAGCUGUUAACAAAACGACACGUACACUCUGUUUGAACGCAGAAUCGCUAAUUUAUCAUAUACAUUAUAUCUUCUAGGUCCGGUAUGUGUAGUAUCUAUUGCCGGCCCAUACAGAAAAGGAAAGUCAUAUAUUCUAAGUGAAGGAUUUGAUCAGCCACAAGUAUUUCCUCUUGGACAUCACAUGGACCCUGAAACAAUGGGAAUCUGGCUUUGGAUUGUACCUGGAAUCUUCAAGGUUAAUUCAAAACUACGUGUCAUUUGAAUCAGCAAUAUUGCAAGUAGCCGUUCAUACAUGUUUGUAAUUACUUUAAAGGCAUUAAUUCUUAGUUAAUUGAAGAGGCUUUUUGUCCCCUUUCCCCAUUUAACACCUGCUACAGCAGCCAUGUGUCAAAGACGCUCACGGAUAAAGGCAUUCUUCACACGCCUGAGAUGUGAAGUCCACUGUACAACACCAAUCCUCCUUGUAACAUUUUUGUUUCCUCUUUGUGUGCAUGAUAGUGCGGAGGGGAAGGCGAAUGGGGGACCAUUAGGAAAGAAAAUACCGAGUAAGCAAAACGACUAGUAAGUUGAAAAUGGUGAUCCUCUACGGUCCUAACUAGUACAAAACUUACCCACGUGUUUUUGUGCAUUCUUAAUAUGCAUGAUUCCAUUGAUGCUUUCCUCUAGGACUCCAGGGGCCAGAAGUUCACCGUGGUAUUACUUGAUUCCGAGGGAAGUGACUCUGUUACCGGUGAAGGACUCGAUGAUAACCAGAUUUUUACUUUGACAGUAUUGCUGGCAUCGGUUCUAAUAUACAACUCACAGGGUGUUCCUACCUGGCGGGAUCUCGAAGGACUUGAGUAUCCUUAAACAUGAUAUUAGGUAUUUAAGUCUCAUCUUUUUCGUUUACAGGAUCACGCUACCGUGGCACUUUUAAAACAUUUUUGAUUUUUAUUGGUUAUGCACGAUAUAAGAUAUGAUAUGUAUAUGAUGUAUAUCAUAUGAUGUGAUAUAUUUUUAACAGUUAUUCCAUGAGUGCUCGUUGGAUGUGAGAUGGUAGAGGCCAACUAGGCGCGUAGCGCCGAGUUGCCUAUAACCAUCUCAUAUCCAACAAACGCGAGUGGAAUAAUUUUUUUUAUUAAAAACGUCCAAAAAAUAUCGAGAAUUCGUCCCGACUUUAUUUGUAAAACAACCGAUUUUCAGAUUGUUUUUAAUUUUGAGCAGACGCGUACAGUUACCAUAUCUGGAGAGCAUGGUAUAAUGGCUCAUAUACCAUGAUGGCUAAGCCAAUCAGAGCUCUAAACCUGAAUUAUCCAAUAAUUCAGUUUUUAAUAAAAAUAUAACAAUUAUUCACUGUAGUGGAGGUGGCUAGUGAUGGUGGUUAUUUAACGAGGCCGCGAAGCGGCAAGGUAAAUAGCCACCGACACUAGCCACCGACACUGAGGUGAAUAAUAGCUUUAGUAUAUAUUAAAACAGUGAGAUAAUUGAGCCCCAAAAUGAUGAUUUUUAACUCAUUUACUGUUGCCAACGAUUACAAUUUUGGCGCGCAAUGACCGAACGGCCGCGGUCGUCGCUUUUCGCUUGCCGACAAAUAAAACUUUUGAAGGCAUUUGUUUAGCUCUUGCGGGAAAAUUUCUUCAAAAGGAGUUGUGAAUUCUUUUUGUAUUUAAAACAAUUCUGAAAAAAAAAACUUAUUGAAUUUAGUUUUAAGCUUAUUUAUAAACAAGCCAAAGUAACGCAAGACUUUGUAAACAAAAAACUUUUUCACCUGUUUUAUCGAUGAAUUCAAGUCAAAGCUUUACCUGUUAAAACUUCCAAACCGAACUUCGUCACCUUCUUCUUGUAUGUCGGGAACAGCGUGCUUGAUUACUUGUGAAAUUUCUUUGUUUCAGUACGGCAGCAAACCGGGAAGGCAUUUUGCUCGCAACUUACGCGAGUUUGGCGUCGCUCGCUCGGAGGAACUGUAGGUGAAUCAGUGAAUAGUGCAGGAUAUUCACUGAUUCAGUAGAGGGCGCGAAAAACACUAUCCACUGUUUUAGUGUAUACUAAAUAUAUUUAAGCAACAGACCACACUUUCGAUAGGUUUACCGGCGUGAUAACCCAUGCGGGAUGUUGGGAGAACACGAGAAUAGCUUGUAAAUCACGAGCCGAAGAAUGUAGUUUUCUUUAACCAUUACCCAGGUUUAUUGUUAAGUUAUCCCAGCGCAUCGAGGUACGAUCAAAAACAAAAGGUGUUGCUGGAAAAUGACACCAGGACUCAGAGUUUUUUCAUAAAACAUUUCCUUUCUUUAUCUGGCUGCUGCGAGACGUUACCCAGAAAAUCCCACGAGAUUGUCGCAACAUCAAGGACUACUUUCUCAAGAAGGUAAACCUAUGCUUAAUAGGUAAUAGCUAGGAUGACGCAUUUUAAAUUACUAUAGGCAAAAUGCAUGACGAUGCCAAGAAUCGACUGAGAUGUCGCAAUGAUAAAAAUGCAUAUAGAUAGAUUGGCUAUGUAAAGGUUAUUGAAAUAGUAAGUUAUGAUUAUGGUAAUUUCUGGUUUGGAACCCAGCAAAUGAAGAUUUUCUUACCUUUUUUACACAGAUUAGUAAACGGUUUGCUUCUCGUUAGGCUUAUUAUUUUCAGUUUCAGGUGCAUAGUUUAGAAAGAAGUGUAAAUAUUUUUACCAUGUAUUUGAGUCAUAAUUUUUGCAAAGGCCUGUUGAAGUGUUCUGCUAUUUUCUCGAGCUACAUCGGGACCGCCACCUCUCUGUCUUAACAUCACGUCAUCAUCCAAUAAUAAUUUUUUUUUAUGAUAAAUAAAUACAGAGCUCCAGUUAAAUAAUGGAAAAACUAUUCCAAAUCCUCAAAUAUUGAUCAGGGCAAGCUAAUGGGGAAGAAAAAGCCGGGGAAAUUAACCCUAUUCAGCUUGGCCUUUUUUUUCUUCAUGCGACCGAAGGGGCGGAGGAGGGGAUGCUCGCCCCCUAUAACUUCAAAAACAGCUCAUGCUAUGUCCACCAUAGUUACACAGAAUAAUGUACUCAUCAUUUUCAACUUCUGGGUAUAAUUUGAUGGGCACAAUGACGUUAUCUGACGUGACAUCAUGAUCAUGACGUCAUAAUUCUGAAUUUAGAUAAUUCAAAAUGGCGGAUCCAAGAUGGAGGAUGCUUCCUGUUCCUUUUUUCGUAAUAAAUGACGUUAUCAUGACAUCACUGUAACUGUUAAUGAUCAUUUAUGUGUUAGUUAACUUCUUGACUUUAUCAGAAACCUCACUAUUUUCGCUUAAUGCCUACUUUGAGGUAAACUUGGAUUCCGCAAAUAUGUUCAGCAUUAUGACGUCAUGAUGACGUCAGAUUAAAACCCCUAUAAGUCGAGGUAUUCUUAAUAGAAAACGUGAUCCCCGUAUGAAAGGAUGCUGAGCAAACAAAAAGAUCUGCAAAAUGUGAAUUUUUGAAAGAAAUGAACACGAUUGAAACUUUAAACUCAGCAUCUGCCAUUUGAUCAUAUUAAAAUUUUUUUUUUCAUGUUAGUCAUUAAAAGGCCGAGAUUUCAUUAAAACUUAUAAUAACUUUGAUUGAAUGAUGCUAAAUAAAGUGUAAUAUAACAAUGCAGUCAGUAAACAGUAAAAAACUCUGUUGCCAUGGUAAUGUAAAUAUUGACGAACACAGCACGAUAGCUUCAUAAUAUCCCAAGAUAAAUUUUAGGAAAGGGUGCUAAGUUUGGUGGUCAUAGCUUGAACGGUUUUAAAGUAAUUUAGUUUUUUGUGGAGGGUUGAAGCCCCCACGGUCUGAAUAGGGUUAAGACAUUAAAAAAACGACGAAAUAUUUGAAUGUGUUAUGGGCUUUGGUGUGGACAUUCCCAAUAUCUUUUUGUAAUUUAUUUACGAAUUAAAUAAACGUUGACAUUCAUUACAUCUUCCGUGAGAAAAAUUUUCCAAAUCUGAACCGUUUCUGUAAUUCCGAAUUUUCUGUUAAGUCUGAAAUGACCGCUUUUGAAAUACAUAUUUUAAUUUUUUGCAGGUUUUUAAGGUCCAUGAUUCAUCCGCUGCAUCUCCGGAUGACCAGCAGAAAGUCGCUGAAAGCAUUUUAAGCUUUUUUCAUGGUUUCGAAGCGUUUACUUUGCCAUCUCCCACCGUUGAUCCAGAGAUGCUAAAAAGCAUCAACGAUAAUAGAAGUCGGAUAAAUCCUUUGUUCCUGCGUGGCUUAGAAGCAUUCAAACGGCUACUUGGAGACAUUUUGACUCCUAAAAAGAGUUUCAAUGAAGGAGAGCUGGUUACAGGAGAAGGUAUAUAUCUGUUACUAAUCUAAAAAAAGCGCUUUUCUUGAUGCCUUUAGAGUGAAACGAUAGACUGAAAAAACAUCCGUACCUGUUGGCGCUAAUUAUACAGAAGGGUCUGGAGAGUUUAAGAAUGGGGAUUGAGACUGGAGCGCGCCUCGAUUGAAGGAUUUACUCUGAUUCUGGUGACGCUUUAACUCCUUGCCUAAGCGACUUUGAGAAAAAAAGAAGAGACCGUUCAGCGGUCCAGUGAAAAGAACGCUUGAAAAGGCAGUUGCAUUCCCAAGCUGUUGCUUUACCAAGAAAAUACUCUUGUCCCAGAACUUUUGUAAAUGAACUAUAAAUAUAGUUUACGUCAUAGAAAGUGCAGCGUACGCGGUUAUAUUCCGAGUUGUUUGUGUCAAGGCUCGAACGAGCGAGGUAAGAGCGAGUGAUGGCUUUUGACACAAACAACGAGUGAAUAUAACCUCGUACAACAAUUCUCACUGAAAUAGUUUUCUUAAUGUAACGCAUAUUACUAAGAGCAAAUCACAAAUAGUAGAACCAAAUGCAAAUUUAAUAGCAAAGCAAAUCUCGAAAACCACAUCUUGUCCUAAUCGUGCCGAACCAAACAUGCACUUGCAAAAUUUUAAUGUAGUAAGUACAUUACAAAAGACAGACCUCAGCGACGUGCGCUUCUAAUAUUGCCCUCCGUCUUUGUUUCGAACUUGAAGUAGAAAAUUUACGAUUAACACGUCGAGAUCUCUUGCAUCAAUAUUUUCUCACUCUCUAGGCUCGUUCCUUGAAACUAAAUUUUCAACAACGAAACAUCUCUCCGUGUUUUGCUUAAUUUGUUUUUGUUUUCUUGAUCAGCGGCACAAACUCUUCUAAGGAGUAACCAACCAACACAAACCCGUUAAUAGUUUUCCUUCGUCCCCGCCAUUUUCUGUAGAAAAAUUUGGAGGCGCCGCUAAAAAGUCGCCAAAUCUGGAAAGCCAUUUGAAUGCAAACGAUGAACGACUGUGAUUGGCUCAAUCAUAUGUCAAUGAACGGCUAUACUUCCAGGUGUGAAAACAGCUGUACCGCCCAUUCUGAUCGUGAUUGGCUGUAUAAGCUUUUGUCGUAUGUGAAAACAAAGCGUAUAAAUUUAUACAAAUAAGCUUUAAGAAACAAAAUUCUUGAAAUACGUGUAAUAAAUGGCAAUUCUUUAUUUCAGUGGCCUGAAUAAAGCUCUCAUUUAUUGUCGUUUUCCAGGUCUCGCUGCAUUGGUUCAGUUUUACGUUAAAGCAAUUAAUAGUCCAGGAGUAAUUCCUAAUGUCCAGAAUGCCUGGGAAGCCUUUGUGGAGAUGAAGUGUUCCGACGCUACUAAAGGAGCCCUGGAAAGUUACGAAAAUGCUAUGAAGUCGAAGCUGGAAGGCAAGCUUCCUUGUGAUAAUGAUGAACUACGCAAGGUACAUGGAACUGCAUUUGAAACAAGUGAAGCUUACUUCAUGGCAGAAGCAGCGGGAAUUUCCACAAGCACCACUGAAACGUAUCUAAACAAACUGAAGGUUCGUUUAAAAGAAGUAGUAGUUCCAAGACCAGUAUUUGUUUAUUCUAUUCAGAUCUGGGGUGGGUUGGCUUGUUGUUAGCAGGGCUGAAUGAAUGCGGAGAGUGCUGUUUUACGGAAUGCUUCACUACCCUUGAUACCGCCGCCUCUGGAUUCCAGUUAGAGAUUAAGGAGGCAAUGUGUAUAAAGUGGGAGAAACCUAUUUUAAAUCAACAGGUGAAACAUGUAAACCAGUCACUUUCCAUGUAGCUUAGCUGUUAUUUCUGUUAUAUUUUUUUCUCUCCUCAUUGUUCUUUUUUCACAUUUAGCUUCCACUGAAAUCGUUGUAAUUAGCAUAUUCAAAUUGUAACUACUUCUAUAACUUAAGAUAUUCAAAUUGUAACGAGCUUCUUCAACUGAAGAUGGCAAAAGUUUGUCGGAACAAGUACAUGUCUUGCAAAUUGAAAACUGUUGUGUUAUUUGUUAAUUAGUUUUAACAUUUCAAAGAGUUAAGCUAUCUAUUAUGCAGGUUAUUCUCACAACAGUAUCCAACUAGAGUAAUUCCUGUGUAAAAUAGCUCCAUGGAGUUCGAUGGAAAAUUCAUGGUGUUCCAUUGAGUAUCCAUGGAGUUUCAUGGAAUUCCUUGGAGUGUCCUUGCAGUUUGUUUGAGAAUCCAUAGAAAUUGACAUUUAAAUCAAGCAACUCAUCAACUUGUUAACCACGUGUUCAAGUCUGCACUUUUUAUUGGAAAGAAAAAUAGGAAACAAUCCAGCUUUUUAAGAGCAAAAUAAUGCGUAAGUUCAAAUUCGCAGACGGUGUAAAAGUAUCUUAGACUUGUUCUUGUUCACCGGUUAUGCUGAAACCCAGCGUAAGAAAUGUUAUUGCAAACUAUUAGAGAUAAAUAAUGUGCACUUAAUAAAAAAUGAUCCUGUGUAAAAAUAAAUAAACUAGCACUAACCAAAUGUUACGGAGUGCGGGCGACAACGAUAGAAGAUCAAAACCCUUUUGCUCCAAAGCCGUGCUUUGCGUUUUACGUAACAGAUGGUCAAAACCCGCGUGAUCAGAUUACGAGUGAUAGAAGUUCCAAACGCGCGCGAUCAAAUUGCGUCAUGUGCAUUUCAUUUAUUCUUAGUGGAAGUCCAAAGGAAUCCUGGCUACAUACAUGCAAUGCAUGCGUAAUAGCAAACUGGAGAUUAGUAUUGCGGGCUCCUGCUUAUCGCCUGCAAUAAAUAUACAAAUUUGUUCCUAGUAAGGCUGUCUGCCAAAUAUCUUGCAAAAUUAGUGUUGCAUUUAUAUGAGAGGAUCGACCUUUUAUAACUACAUGCAGCCGCUUCGAUAUAAUUAACUAUGCAAGGUUUUCCUUUUCGGCCGGCGACCAGCGAUUUGCGCCGCCUGUGAACGGCUCCGUCGCCGGUAACUAGAAAGGUUAAUUGUUGAAAUAAAUGUUACGCGCAAUCACAAUUGUCUAUAAUUGUGACCUCUCACGCGAAAAUGUUCAUUAACGGCCUUCUGGUAAACGGGUGAAUCGCACGGCUACUACCCUGCGAGCAGAGGUGUGGCUUUGGGCGUUUACGAAAGCGUUCCUGUCGCUUGUCGGUGAGUAAUCGCGUAGUUGGUUUGUUUGCGUAUUAAUAUUAUUAAAAUUAAGACAAUCGAAAGGCCGGGUUACAAACGGCUUACUUAUCCGUUCGAACGAGGACAUCGAAUGGCUGAACGGAUUAUUAAGUAUUCGGAAGAAUAUGGAGUAAUUCAUUAGAAAUUGAUGUCCUAAUCCUCCAUGGAAUUCCAUAGAGGUAUUUUGCACGGGUUCAGUUUGUCUUUUGUUUUCUGCUGGCCAUUCCCGGUUUUGAGCGUCCUUUUUCUUUUGUUAGGAACUUUUAAGUGUGAAGUUGAUGUCAUGGCAGACCCAGAACGCGAAGUUAACAAGAGAAUUAUGUAACGAUCUGCUUACUCAGCUCAAACAGAAUCAUCUGGAACCAGUCCUUAGACGAAUGCAGGGAAAAGAAGCGGCCAAAAUGUCCUUUGAGGAGGUCAUUGCCGGGUACAAUAAGAUCAAAGAGGAUUACCACAAUUCCGCAAUUGGUGCCAAAGAUGUUAUUGCUGCUGUUUUCUUCGAAUUCCACCCAGUAAGACCUUAUACUUUGCUAAUAAGCACUUUGUGAUGGCACUAUGAUUGCCUGUUUUUUUUUCUUUUCUUUCGCUAGUAAUUCUACAAGAAACUAAGCAGGAAAAAGACGUGAUUUUGGUGUGAUCGUAGAAUUAUAAUCGAAAGAAAAGAUGCCUUGUCUCCACUCUUAUAGACUAUAGAAAUAACGUUUAAACGCCCUAAAAUUUAGCGUGAUAUUGAAAAAAUGACUACAUUACCAGUCCACGCAUCGUCUACACGAUUUGUAUCGUUCUUCUGCGAAUAAGUGCUCAAAAGCUCUUUCUGAUAUCCAGCAGAGUCGAAAGAAUAUGUGAGCCUUUCUGAUAGGCGGGUUUCUUAUAAGCCUCCCGAUUGGCCUAAUUCUUAAGCGUGCGUGACGUAUGGGCGCAGUGACAUGUCAAAAUUCACAGGAGGGUUGGCAAGGAGCUUAUACAGUGAACAAUGAAAGAGCAAAAGCCUUCUAAUGAACAAAAAAAUGCUUUGAGGAAAUUCUUUCAAGGGCAAAAAAUUGCUGACUAGUUUUCCAGCAUCUUCCAAUCGCUGCUGAUGCACUCUCGAGUAUUCUGCCAUCUAGUUGACAGUUCUAGCGUCAAAAACAACAACAACAACAAAAUAUACACAUGUAGCAAGAGAGAGUGAUCUAAGAGAGCGAAUCCCCCUUACAUGACCCUCUUUCCAUGAAAAUUAUUUUCAAUCUAUUCUUGGUUCUGUGUCAUACUGCGUGGUUAUUUUAAGGACGCCAUCCUAUUGGUCGGUUUGAGUGGCGUCAUGUAAUUUUAAACGUAGUGGGUUAUUCGUUUCACCGCCGAUCACGUACAGCAAGCGACAUGACAUGCAAACUUGGUAUUACUUUCGCCGACGAGUCAAGAGAUUUCUACGUGAAAAAAUCUGGUCAGAGUAGCUGCCGAAGAGCAAAACGGUCCUUGCUUGUGGAAGUUCGCCGGAGAAAGCGGUUCCGACAUUGUACAAAAAACGACAACUGUCUCUUCCGGCGACAUCCACUUACACCUACGAGCUGUGAUACCGUCGUUUAGAUCCAACCGUGGACACGUAACGAGAAAAUAGGUUCAAAGUGGGUUCAAACAUGAAUGUUUGGCCGCCAAACAUUUGAAUUUUGAGAGGGCGCUAGACAAAUGUGGGCACACAGUAUAAAGAAUUGACCGAGACCGGAAACCGCGCAUAAAAAGUCUCUGGCAUCCAGGUUAGCGAUUGACUAACAGCUUGAAGCAUCUGACCUGAUUUGUGUUCACGGGGCUAAAUAUUCAUCGCAAGUAUUAGGCGUUAAGAAGAAGUAAUGAAGUGUGAAAAUUUCAAGAAUAAUUCUUUUAAAAAGUAAAUGUACUGUUUCUGAAAGAAAAACAUUCCUGCAAAAUGAGGAAAAAUAUCUUGCACAUUUGCAUAAACAAUUGAAGCCAACCACCUAUUAAAGGUUUCGUGUUUCGCGCGUGAUAACCUUUGCCUUUGGCUUUCAUGGUGUGUCAGAAUUCAACAUUCGUUACUUUUGAAAAAUGGCUACCAGCCGUUAGAAAAUCUCAAUCUUUAAUCUCAAAGUGAAAUUUUGACUCCAAUACUGCAAUCCCUUUUGUAAAUGAAAUUCAUUCCUAAUCAUGAGCGGAACGCGCUGAUCAAAAACACGUCAACAACAGGAGUAUCGGCUCCUGGGGCUAAUUACUAUGAUGGCUGUCAAACUUCAAAUGUUUGGCGGCGAAACAUGUCAUGUUCACGUGAAAGUAGACCAAACGGGUCACGGAAACAACAGACAAAAUAACCUACGCAGCACGCGCGCGAACUUUAAAUAGAUUAAAAAAAAUUAUCAUGGGGCACAGGGAUUCGCUCUCUUAGCUCAUUCUCUCUUGCACGUAGUUAUUCAGGUCCAGGCAUUUCGGAGAAAGCCAAAGAAACUUAGGUUAUUUAGCCACAAUAAAAAGACUUUAACAGGGGUAAAAAAAAAAAAAAAAAAAAAAAAAAAAAGAUUUAAUGGCAAACUGCAUCUGUGAUAAAAUCCUGUCAGAAAACACCUGCAGUAACGUAAACUACAGGAACUAAUUACUCAAUCUGCAUGGAACAAAAAAAACCUCUGUUGUUCAUGCUAACUCUAAGGUCACGUUUCACAAUAUCACGAGCUCAUUCUCUCCUGUAACGAACUAUGAAUUGUGUUUGGCCUGUCAACAAUUUAUCUCAAAUCAGACUUAUCACAAACUGCGUAAGAAACUAGCCAAUCAAAAACGCAUAUGUCUUUAUGACUCUGUGGGAUUCGAACACGAUAUUGUGCACUACUUCGCCGACGCUUUAUGCACUGGUUUAGAGUGUCUGUGACACAGACUAACUAGAAAGUUGAUACCCAUUUGAAAUAUAUUGUUUGGGGCCAGGGUCCUCUUUGUGAAAAAUGGGUAUGCGUUUAAUUUAAGAUUGAAAAAUAAAUUUGCUUCUUAAACCUGGAUGGCCAUUUUCUCACUGAAAGGCAUUUUAAAAGACGAUAACAACUGUUAGCCGUCGGGCCUUCCGUGCUCGAAACUAGAUACCAGGAAGAAGUAAUCGCAUUUUUUUUUAGUUACUGGCAUGCGCUUUUUGGCCAUUGUUUUUACUUCUUCUUGUCAUUCUCAAAGACUCUUUGCGAUCACUUCAGGAUUUGAUGACCUUUUUUUGUGGCUAACCUUUUUUGAUAUUCGUUAUGUGCCCAGACGGUGGUACUGAAGUUUUGAACAAGAAUUUCGGCUUUUGACAGCGGAUGGUCACGCGCAGUAUGCUUGAUUUGUUUAGAUAUCUUAUUUAAGCGCAUAAAAGAAUUGUACGUCGGGCUGACCUGAAGAAUAAAGUCCUUUCUCUAUUUUAUGGCUAAGAUAUAUCAGAGGUUUUAAGCUUCUCCCUGUCCUUGUAUCGAUUGACCAUUUUAGCAUUUUGAUGGAAGCCUUACAACUGCUGUCAGUUUUAACUGAUCACCCUUGACAGCAAAACACCUCUUGCCUUCAUUUUUAAAUCCAACUCGAAAUCCGAACCUGCUAUUUAAAGCAUGCAUUGGUUGGAAAAAAAUAGACGUUCAAGGCACCGAACUUUAUUGUUAAUUGUUCGCGAGUGCCAAUAUUUCCUUGAAUAUAGUUUAUUACUCAUUUCGUGUUUCGCUUUGCUUCUGAAUCAACGGUAACUGUUUCAGUUUACCCUGUUUCAGGCUUUGAGAUAAUGGGGCGGAGCGGCGCAAAGAGAGGUGAGAAGGGAAAACGGUAAGAGGGUAGGGUAGGAGGGGGGCGCGAUGGAGCGCCUGUGGUCCUUUUAAACAAAAACUUUUUCCGGAAAUCUGGUUCGGUUAUACCUUGUAAUAAGGUUAUUUUUACGACGGAUCUUGUCAGCGCUCGAAGGUUCUUGAUUGGAAAUGUGAUGCGACACCGAUAUGAUCAAAAAUCAGUCAGCUUUGAAGGGUGAAAUGAUUCGUUAUAAGCAGCAAGGUGAAUGUGGAAUAUUAUUCUCAUUACGUUUUAUUUGUAGGCCCUUUUGAAAGAACAAGAACAAUAUUUAGGAUUGCUGGGGCAACUGAAAGACUAUGAUGAGGUACUGACCCAGGAACUUGCAGCUAAGGCUUAUCAAGAACAGGAGAGGCAAAGACUUGAGGUAUCUUUUUCUGUUACUUCUUUAUAAUAAUAAUAAUAAUAAUAAUAAUAAUGAUGAUGAUGAUGAUGAUGAUGAUGAUGAUGAUGAUGAUGAUGAUGAUGAUGAUGAUGAUGACGGUAAUAUGAUAUUGAUAAUGAUAACGAUAUACGGUAAAUAUUAAGGAAGAAGAAUUCUAACACUUGAAAGCCCCGAGCUGGAGGUGAGAAUCGAACUCACGACCCUCCGAGUUCGAGUUCGGACGCUCUUACCAGUGAGCUACUGGAACUCUAAUGGCCAGCUGGUCGGGAUUUCAAUACAAGUACACCAGACUUUUAGGAUUGCAUCGAGGACUUGCUCAUUAAUUUGCGGUCCAGCAGCGUACAAACCCUAGGCUGUAUAUUUAUAUUAAUGAAGAAGAAGAAUUCUAACACUUGAAAGCUCAUAAAAAGUUUCCGAGCUCCAGGUGAGAGUCGAACUUACGACCCUCCGAGUUCUAGUCCAAGUUCUAAAAACGCACUCUUGUUUCUGUUGAUAUGCGAAGCACAUCUGAGAGUGGUCGGUUCCUGGGAAUAAUGUGCCACAGUAAUUGUUUCUAAUUAAUCAAUUUUAUUUUCAACGGAUAUCAUUUAACGUUUUCUUUAUUUUCCAGUCCUUUUUUCAUUAUUUUAGCACCGACUCUAAAUCGGUAAUUUUUUUAAAAGUUUCGAUAUCCGUAUGCCUGGAAACCUGCUGCUUCGUAGAGAGUUAGUGGCCAGUCUUAAUCUUAAAAGUACGUACGGCUAAGGCAUGUUUAAAUUGUUCUUAUGCGACACUGAUCAAUCGACGAUGAAGUUUUGGAUGGAGGAUAGUGAAUUAUUGAUAAAUUUCAGAUUUAUUUUUCACAGGAGGAACAAGAACGAUUGCGUCAAGAGAAUCUGAAAGUUAAGAAAGAGGUAAUGCUAUGCUCGCACGUAAUGAUAUAUGGUAUCACUAAGAAUUAUUAAAUAUCACCAUUCCAUGCAUAUCUGGAUCUUCAACAACGUUAACCGGCGGCUGUUAUAUCGAAGGAAAAUACCAGCUACUGAAAAACACACAUUUGGCCGAGAUGGGAAGCUUUAAGGGUAAAUCUGAAAUUUUGAGGACAAUCACAGAGGCAGCUAUAUUCCAGAAAGCCAGAAAGGCGUUUGGUUUUCCUGCUUCCAUUUGAAAAUGAGUCUAACUUAGUUGACUUUGUUAUGUUUUUUUUUUGCGACCGAAAAAUAGUAGGGCAAUUAUCGACGAGGAAGGAGUAUAGCGCCUGAAACCAGUCCUCCGAUUGACCACCACGUGACCCAAAAUGGCCAGUAAAAUCGCGAGAAAAAUAAUAGGCGGCUUAGGCUAAAUAACCAAAAUGUGAAUUGAAAAGUGGAUUUUCUUUCUUGCCCUUAUUUACUGAGUUUACGAGUGAAGUUUGGCAAGCGCGUUUGAAGAUCGCGGCUUUCAGCAUCUAGUAAUCUAAAAAAGCUCGAUAACAAUUCCAAUUCAACACGAACUCAUAGAAAGGUCAAAUAUGAUAAGUUUAGAGUGAAAACGUUUAUUGUUAGUUUCAUGUCCAAUUGUAGAUGGAGAUGUUACGGCAAAAACAGCAUGAGGAAAGAAAGAAGUUCAGCGAGCAAAUAAAAAAUGAACUUCAGGCGCAGAAGGAGCAGAUGAACAACAUGAUGGAAGCAAAUAUGGAGCGAGCGAGAAAUGAGAGACAGGAUUUUAUGCAGGAAAACCAACAUCUCAGGAAAGAGUUCCUGGCAAUCCAGAAAGCAAACGAAGACAACAUGAAAAUGGUGGGAAAAUUAAGAGAUAUGGUGGCUAAGCAAGAGGAAGAGAAACGACGUAUUAGUAUUGAACUGGAAAAAGCAAAGGAUGCCAAGGACCACGAAGACAUCAUGGCAAAGAUGAGGGCGAAACACAAGGAGGACCAGGACAGGUUGCGUCGCGACAUGGAGGCCAAGAUGGAAGCGAAUCGUCAGGCCUUGGCACAGGGCUACCAACAGGCUGUGGCACAAGCUCGAGUACAACAGUUGGACGAAAUGCAAGAAAAACUCGACCAGGUGGGAACGCAGUUGGAGGAAAUUAAGAAACCAUGGUAUCAGAAAGCAUGGUCGAAAUUCAAAGAAGUAGGCAGUGCUGUUGGCGGUGCUGUGGUUGACGCCGGCGCUGCUGUUGCUAGGACAGUGAAAGAUAAUUGUUUAGUGAUGUAA